UUCAGAAUUGUAGAAAUCGAUUUUGACACGUGCAUUUUUCCAUUGGAUACAUUGUGUUCAUUUCAUUUUGUGUGAAAAUUCUUUACGAUCAAAAUGGAUUUUGCCAAACGACAAAUGAAAAAUAUGGGCUGGAGCGAAGGUAAAGGAUUAGGUGCUGAAGAGAAUGGUAUCGUCAAACCUAUUGUUCCAAAUAUUCAAAUGGAUACUCGUGGCCUCGGAUUCAGCAUAGCCGAUUCGCUACAGAUCAAAAACCAAUGGUGGGCAGAAGCUUAUAAUGUGGCUAGUAAAGGUUUAAAACCUGAAUAUAAAAUCACAUCAGUUGGAGUGAUUGUUAAAACAAAAUCCGGCUUAAAUGGUGAUGAAAAUCUUGAAGAAAAAAAUGAAAUUUAUAAUCAACAUUUCGUAAGCGGUGGAACGAUAUUGAACAAAAUUCAUGAUGAUAAUAAUGAACAAAUCAAAGAUGAAAAAUGUAACAAGAAAAAAAGAAAAAAGAAACAAUGUAAAGAAAUCGACGAUAAAGAGAUGGAAAUGCAAAAACAUGAAAUGAUAAUGAUUGAUGAAAAGAAAAAAUGUAAAUAUUCUAAACAAUCAUCAUUAGAUUUUAAUGUGAUAUACGCCAAAAAUGAUAAUAUAACCUGUCAUAAAGCUGCACGUUUGGGUAUUAAAAUGUCCGGAAAAAUGAAACGAUUACAGGAACAGGAAUCAAAAUUUUCAUUAUCCAAAAUAUGAUGAUUAUAUAUAAGAUUUGGAUAAUAAUCGAUCUCAUCAUCAUUAUGAAUACAAUCACUGUGUUCAAUGAUAGAUGGAGCCAUAGGUUCCAUGAUUUUAUUUCAUCAAUAUAUAUUUAAAUUUUUUUAAUAAUUUUUUUGACGAUCGAUGAUAAUUUUU